AUGACGGUGUGGUACUUAUUACUGACUGCUCUGCAGGUCACGACUUGUCAAGGCUAUCCACAGCAUAGGCACGAUCAUCGCCAGGUUCCCCGUGCUGCCUCAGAAUCAAGUGAUCUGAAAGGGCGUAUUCUGGUCAACAGCUUCCGUGGUGUCGUUACAGGCGUGUCCCAAACUGCUACGAGCCAACCGACUGGAACAGGUUAUGGUACAGGUUAUGCAACCCAGGCCCCUCUAACCGCUACCGUUCAGGUUAUCACAAGUGUGGUCCCUUCUGGUACAGCACAGAUCCUGCCGAGUUUGACUGAUAAGACACCGGAUACCUCUGGAGUCUACCUGACUAGUCUGGAAACCGAAGGCCAUCCGACUUCAGCCCCUGUGUUGACUGGAAACUUCACGUCACCGACCACUACUCUCCAACCCACGACUUCUGCCAUCCCUUCAGUCCCCAGACCAAAGAUGAAUGCGGCAAACACGCCUUCUGCAAACAUAUUCGGAAGCCCCAUCUCAGAUGGAGCGCCGCCAUCUGUAAUCAAGCAGCGGAGCGAUCAUCCUGUUGCUCGGCUUGGCAUCAAGGCUACGGCCCCUCUUGAGACCAACAAGUUCUACGCCAACUUUUUCCUGGGUACGCAGACAGCUCCGACAUAUGUCCAUCCCUUCGCUCUCAACUGGCCCAAAGGCACAGGGGUUGCCGCCAGCUGGGGCAUGGCCAUAUCUCAUGUUGAGGCAAGUCAGAGAGCAUACGGCAGCGUUGGAUCGAACGGAGCCGUGGCAUACUAUCUGAAUCCUAUCAACAUUCAGUCGUUCUGUAUCUCUGCGGUUGAGUUAGGCUCUUCAACAACCCUGACUACCGAUUCAAUGAGUCAAUUCUCGGCCAUGAUCAGUCUGCGAGCAACCUCGUCCAGUACGCCGGCAGUGCAGUUUCCUCUCGUUCAGGGGAUGGGGUUUGUAACAGCCAUCUAUAAAGGAGCAACUCCUAGGUUUGAGACUGGAGUCUUCUUCCGAACGGUCACGAAGAUCACUGCACAGCCGCGAACUGGUGUUACGAAGUACAAGUUCUUGCUGGAAGAUGGACAUACGUGGUAUCUGUAUGCGUAUGCUACCAGUGGCACCGCUCUCAACCUUCAGGUCAUCAACAACGGAUUAGCUAAGGCGACUGCGGCCUUCUAUGGAAUCAUCCAGGUUACCAAGGACCCGGGCAACGGUGAAGCGACCUUUGACAAGACCUGCGGUGCUUAUCCCACCGAUGUGACGCUUACUGGAACGGCUUUGGGUGCUCGUGGCACCUACACGUUUAAGUAUUCGAAGGCAGGUCUUUCGGGCGCACCCCUCUUCAUAUAUGCGCUGCCGCACCAUGUUGAGUCCUUUGAUACCACAACCAAGGCUGCAGUCACUGUCGUCAAGAUGCAAACCACUACCAAGGGAAUUGCAACCGGUGUGCUUGCGGAUUCCUGGACCAUGGUCGAGCCUAGACUGCCGAUAAGCAUGUCCUUCUAUCCCUGGUCACCGAACAAGGGCAGUCUCGUCACCAUCCCGAGCGACAUGAGAGCAAAGGUCCUGGCUAUCGCUAAGUCCGAGAUUUCUCAGGACAUGUCCGCUCAGUCUAAUCUGAACUCCAUGUAUUACAGCGGCAAGGCUCUCGCCAAGUUUGCUAUGAUCUUGGAGGUUGUCUACGGCAUGCUCGGAGAGAAGGCGCUGGCCACUGCAGGCUUGAUCCAACUUAAGAAGGCCUUCGCUCGAUUCAGCAGCAACACGCAGAUAUAUCCGCUUGUGUAUGAGUCUGCUUGGGGAGGCGUUGUAUCAAGUGCAACCUACACGACUGGGGAUUCUGGCCAGGACUUCGGCAACGCGUAUUACAACGAUCACCAUUUUCACUAUGGCUACUUUGUUCUAACCGCAGCUGUCAUUGGUCACUUGGAUCCGUCCUGGCUCUCCGCGAACAAGGCCUACGUUAACACGCUGGUCCGCGAUUAUGCCAACCCCAGCGCCCAAGACAAGUACUUCCCUGUGUCUCGGAGCUUUGAUUGGUACCAUGGCCACUCCUGGGCUCACGGCCUGUUUGAGACGUACGAUGGCAAGGACCAAGAGUCGAGCUCUGAGGACACAAUGGCUGCCUAUGCCAUCAAGAUGUGGGGAAUGGUUAGCGGCGAUGCGAACAUGGCCGCGAGGGGUAACCUCAUGCUUUCUGUUCUGGCACGGUCCUUGCAAAAGUACUACCUUUACACCAGCGACAACACGGUCGAGCCGUCCAACUUCAUCGCGAACAAGGUGGCGGGCAUCCUGUUUGAGAACAAGAUUGACCACACGACGUACUUUGGAACCAACACCGAAUACAUCCAGGGCAUUCACAUGCUCCCGUUGUUGCCCUCUACCAGGUACAUCCGUACAGAUAAUCUCGUCAACCAGGAAUGGGCGACGUACUUCAGCUCCGGACGCGCAGACUCCGUGGCGGGCGGCUGGAGGGGAAUCCUCUACGGCAACUAUGCCACGGUGCAGCCCAAGGCGGCUUAUAACUUUUUCGCCUCGUCGAGCUUCUCGGCGUCUUGGCUCGACGGCGGAGCCAGCCAGACGUGGUAUCUGGCGUACGCAGCAGGUGAGGUCUCCCUUCUCCUCUAUAUGGACCCAUAA